CAGACACUGACAGGGGUAGUAUCUCCACCGACCAGAAGGGCAGGCCGGCCGGGCCCCGCGUCGCCGCCGCCCACAUCGCGCGGCCCCUGCGCCGUGCAGCGUCCCCCCUCCCCUUCUUUCCUACUUAUUUUUUUGUCUUCGGUAGCUUAGAGAGAAGCCAUCGCUUCUGGGCUCUUUCUUUUUUUAAAAAAACUUUUCAUGCUAUCUUGGGUCUACGGAGGUUUACGUGCCAUGUUGUCUGCCCAGGACUCGGGAAUCUAAAAAAAUUGCAGCGGCGCUGUUGUUUAUGGAGCUUCGGGCGGGGGCUGAGCCCGCUGCCUCGCCCCCUGCCCGCCGCCCGGGCCAUGCCACUCCAUCUGCGCGCCGAGCGGCGGCCGGCCGGCCUCGGAGACUGAGCCCCGAGCCGCGCGAGCAGGCGGCGCGGGCGGCGGGCGGCGCGGCGGACCCAGUACUAUGGCUGUGUAUUGCUAUGCCCUCAAUAGCCUGGUGAUCAUGAAUAGCGCCAACCAGGCGAAGAGCGGCGGCGGUGCCCGGCCCAGCGGCAGCGAGACGCCCCCGUCGCCGGGGAGGGUCGUGUUGAGCCCCGGCAGCGUGUUCAGUCCCGGGAGGGGCUCUCCUUUCCUCUUCCCCCCAGCCGAGUCGUUGUCGCCCGAGGAGCCCGGGAGCCCCGGGAGCUGGCGGAGUGGCCGGCGCCGGCUGAACAGUGGCAGCGGCAGCGGCGGCAGCAGCAGCAGCGUGGGCAGCCCGAGUUGGGCGGGUCGCCCUAGAGGGGACGGGCAGCAGGUGGUGACCGCCGGUGCCCUCUCCCCCCCGGGACCCGAGGAGGCCAAGAGGAAGCUACGGAUCCUGCAGCGCGAGUUGCAGAAUGUGCAGGUGAACCAGAAAGUGGACUUGUUCGAGGCGCACAUCCAGGCGCAGAGCUCGGCCGCCCUCGCGCCCCGCAGCCCGCGUUUGGGCAGGGCUCGCUCGCCCUCCCCGUGCCCCUUCCGCAGCAGCAGCCAACCCCCAGGAGGAGUCCUGGCUCAGAGCGAGGAACGGAGGACAAAGUCCUGGGGGGAGCAAUGUGUAGAGACUUCAGAGGCUGCCUCCGAGAGGAGAGCCUCCGGGGCGCCUGGCCGAUGCCUCUCCAAGGACAAGGAGGGAGUGGCGCCUCUCCUGGGCCCGGCCACUCCGUCGGGGCUAAGGGCGCAGGAUCCAGCUGUGUCGGUGAGAAGAGAGACGCUGAACACCCCCAGAACCCACUGUGGCUUCCCCACCGCUGUGGAAAUUGACAAGAGGGUCGCUCCCGCCUUGGGGAGUCCGAGCUGCCCAGCUCGCGCCUUAGAGUCUGCUGGACUGUACUUAGCCGUGGCCGCAGAAGUGCCCGCGAGAGUCCCAUGCCCCGAGCCACCCCGACCACCCCACCCUGCCCUAGUGGAGUCAUCCGAGCUGACCCGCGUACUUGGGGGGACACGGCCCAGGCAGAACUUAGGGGAGAGUCGGGCGCAAUCUCUGGGCUCAGAGACAAGCCCAGCUCCAGAGAGGGGUGAAUCCCACCGGGGUGAGCUCCCGGGGAAGGUGGGGAAAGGAAAUCUACCCAGUGUGAUGCCUGGCUUGGGAGCUACAGGAGCUGGGAAAAGGCCAGACAUCCCCACUGUGAGAGUGCAGGAGCCCUCGGACACCCGGGAAGGGUUCAGACCCCCUGGAGGCCUGGGCUCGGCAGACGCCAGGGUAACCCAGAGUGGAGCGUCAGUGGUCAGCGUCCCUCCGCAGCACUGCCACAGCUUCCAGAAGGGGUCCCCAUCGCAGGGCCUGCUUGGGGGCAGCCAGGCAGCACAGCCAGGAACCCCGGAAGUGGAGAUGGGAAUUCCCUCUGGCCUAACGCCCUGCUGGGAAAUAGCAAAAGACCUGGGAGAACCUCAGUGCCUUCCCAGGGAUAGGAUGGAUGUGCAGCCUGGAAGUGCCAAGGCUUGGCCAGGUCCCACAGAGAAAGCCAGUCUGACCUGGACGUGUGGCUCAGGGCUGCAGUCGGAGCGGACACGGGAACGCCAGCAGCAGGACCGAGACGCACACCCUGGCCCAGAGCUGCCCUCUGCAGAUGAGAAGGACCAGCAUGUUCGGAGCGAGGCUCGCAGCCCCAGCAAUAUACCUGCUGUCAUCAUUACAGACAUGGGUGCCCCCGAGGAGGAGGCGCAGGGCCCCCCUCGGGGCAGCCUGCCCCUGAGGAAGCUGUCUUCCUCCUCAGCCUCCUCCACUGGCUUCUCCUCUUCCUAUGAGGACUCGGAGGAAGACAUCUCCAGUGAUCCUGAGCGCUGCCCGGACCCCAACUCAGCCUUCCUGCAUACCCUGGACCAGCAGAAGCCUAGAGUGAGCAAAUCAUGGAGGAAAAUAAAGAACAUGGUGCACUGGUCUCCCUUCGUCAUGUCCUUCAAGAAGAAGUACCCCUGGGUCCAGCUGGCGGGACAUGCAGGGAGUUUCAAGGCUGCCGCCAACGGCAGGAUCCUGAAGAAGCACUGUGAGUCAGAGCAGCGCUGCCUGGACCGGCUCAUGGCCGACGUGCUGCGGCCCUACGUGCCUGCCUAUCACGGGGACGUGGUCAAGGACGGCGAGCGCUACAACCAGAUGGACGACCUGCUGGCCGACUUCGACUCGCCGUGUGUGAUGGACUGCAAGAUGGGUGUCAGGACGUACCUGGAGGAGGAACUCACCAAGGCCCGCAAGAAGCCCAGCCUCCGGAAGGACAUGUACCAGAAGAUGGUUGAGGUGGACCCCGAUGCCCCGACCGAGGAGGAGAAAGCACAGCGGGCCGUGACCAAGCCACGGUACAUGCAGUGGAGGGAGACCAUCAGCUCCACGGCCACCCUGGGCUUUCGGAUCGAAGGCAUCAAGAAAGAAGACGGCUCUGUGAACCGUGACUUCAAGAAAACCAAAACGAGGGAGCAGGUCACUGAGGCCUUUCGGGAGUUCACGCAAGGGAACCCCAACAUCUUGGUCGCCUACCGGGACCGGCUGAAGGACAUUCGCGCCACCCUGGAGAUCUCGCCCUUCUUCAAGUGCCACGAGGUCAUCGGCAGCUCGCUCCUGUUCAUCCAUGACAAGAAGGAGCAGGCCAAGGUGUGGAUGAUCGAUUUUGGGAAAACCACGCCCCUUCCCGAGGGCCAGACCCUGAAGCACGACGUGCCCUGGCAGGAGGGGAACCGGGAGGAUGGCUACCUGUCGGGCCUGGACAACCUCAUCAGCAUCCUGACGGAAAUGUGCGCGGGGGCCCCACCCACCUGAGGCCGAGGCCCGUGCCGCCCCCUCUCCCCACACCCCCGCGCCUCCUUUCUGCCGCCUCCUCCUCGGCUCUCCCUGCGCUUCCACUGGCUCAGGCCCCAGACCCUACGACGCGCGCUGCACUACAGGACAGGAGAUGGCCCCGUCACUUCCCAGAUGGAAGGAAGGGCGCGGUGCGGGGGCCUCCACCCCUGCUUGUAAAUAGGGUCUUCUCCCAGAAGAGAAACUCCUGAACCCCAGAUACAGCUGCCUGUAGCAGGGGUCAAGGAGUGGGUGUCCCCGGUGGCAAGAGAUGAGCCCCAGCCUCUGGGCCGGCCACGUGGGCCUGCUGCCACCUGGUGGCCAAGUCCCCCUUUCAGCCAUCUCCCCGUCCUGUGGGGCUGUGGGCUCACGGGCCCUCUCUGAAGCACGGCGACCCUGAGUGGGUCCCCUGCUCAGCCCCAGGCUCCCUUCCGUGAUGCUGAGCAGACGCUUUGACUCGGGGCCAGAAGCCGGGAGGGGACCAGGAACAGCACGGCCCAGCUCUGAGCUCAGGGGGGUGCAGGCUGCUUUCCUUGGUGAGAGCCACGAAUUCUGAGGGACACAGGUCACCCUUCCAUCCCAAGAGUCCACCUUCUGUCCCCAGAGCCACUGCUGCCCCUCCACUCCAGCCCUGCUGGGGGAAGUCUAGGGGAAGAAGAGAGUCUGAAGGAGGAGGGCGCUCUUCUCCUUCCUGGGGGCCACCCCCACCCCCAAAGCUGGGCUUUCUCCCACCUCGUCUGGACACCUCGCAGUCAUGUGGCAAGGAGGGAGCAGGUGCCUGACCACUGGCCCCUUCAGCCCUGGGGGAGGCCUGUCACCUGGACACAGACCUGAGUCCCAGACCUGAGGGGGCCGGGGGCACAGGGGACAUCUCAGGGGAACUAGUGAAAGGGUAAAGCAAGUCUCUCGAUUCCCCAGAGGAAUGUCAGAGCUGCAGGGUUCAAGGACCAAACUCCCAGCUCACUCCGGGCAGCUGGGGGAGUCACGGGAGCCCCCUUCGAGCAAGCCGCUCUACCUCCCGCUGUGAGGGGCCCCUGGGGUGGGCGCGUGCCUGGAGAGUGGAGCCCAGAGACCCCAUCCCCCUCCUCCUCGGGGUCUUUGGGGGUGGGCGCGUCCAUUUCACCUUCCACUCUGAGUGACAGGUGGUGCGAGCGGAGGGUGCGACCCAGCUGAGGAAGAGGUUUGUCAGAAGGAAGUCACCUGGCGCUCUCUCAGAGCAAGGGCGAGGGCCUGUGUGGAUGGACUCGCUCCAGCGCCAGGGGUCUGCUUACAACAUGUGAUGCCAGGAGGAUCCCAGCUUUUCUGGGUCCCCCUGACCCCCCAGCUGUGACAAGUGGGUGGGACGUCAGGGGUCUGUGCUUCCACAAUGUCCAUCCCCACGUAAGGAUCCUGACCCCACACUGACCCCUCAUUCUGCCUGCGAAGGCUCACAGGAGCACAUUUGUGCUAGGAAGAAAAUCAGCCGGCCCGCAGGCCCCCGGGCGCUCCUCAGAGGGGGUUGUAUUUACCUUGCUAGUUCCUUCCCACACAUGCUUCUCCCCACCCUGCUGCGGAACUCGCACCAGCACGGCCUCCAGCCCACACUCCUCCCUGGGGCCUGCCCGCAGCGAGUGGGCACCCUCCGCCCCUCCUGGGGUCCCCCGGGGCUCCGCGCUGCAGGUUCGCUUCUGGCCUCGGCCGCCUCUCCCACACUUGCCUUCAGUGUCAUGUCAGACGUUUUAAGUUAUAUUUAUUUUGUCGGUUUUUAAAUUGCACAGAACACUACGACUGAAAGGCUGGCUUCUGUUUGUCGUCCGCACGGCCUUCUCGCAGCUGGCUCUGCGUCCUUGGUGGCGCACCCGUCUGCUCUUUCUCCGCUCACUGUGCUUGCUUGGAGUGGCCCUGUCUCCCACCGGGCCCUGCGCUUGAAGAAGCAGGGGUCUCCCCUGCCAGUGCCUUUCCAGAGGCAUCUCCCCCCUGCACCUCGGGACACUUUUCUCCACACCCCAUGCCUGUCAGAGGGACCGCAGCUGCUCCUGCCUUCCCAAAUAAAGACUCCGGAGACCCCU